CAAAGGAGGACAGAUAUGAAUUUCCUUUGUAGAGCUUUAGAUGCUUAUACUAAAUAAUGUCGUACUUAAGCUAGGCUAGCUGGUAUAGAAUUCGAGGUGUCCUUUGGCUGUCCAAAUCCCAUCCUUCGAAAUCGAUAGUAUCACUAAGUCUUAGAAUAAACUGCCCCGAUCAACAGAUUUUUCAAAAAGCCUUAGGUAAACUUGAUAUAGUCCAAUGGCCUUGCUAGAACUGGUAACAUGGCUAAUUAGAAAAGUGCACCGAUCGAUGGGCAUGACUGUCAGCACGAAUGCUGUCGUCAUCACAAAGGAUCAGAGCAACCUGAUUGGAAUUAGCAUUGGGGGUGGAGCGCCCAUGUGUCCAUGUCUAUAUAUUGUUCAGAUCUUUGAUGGAACACCCGCUGCUCGGGAGGGAUCCCUGCAAUCCGGAGAUGAACUGUUGGCUGUGAACUCGGUGAGCGUGAAGGGCAAGACGAAGGUAGAGGUGGCCAAGAUGAUCCAGACGGCCACCGAAGAAGUGGUGAUCCAUUACAACAAGCUGCACGCUGAUCCCGAACAGGGCAAGACACUGGACAUCAUUCUCAAGAAGCUGAAGCAUCGGAUUGUGGACAAUUUGUCGAGCAAUACGGCGGAUACACUGGGUCUCUCGCGCGCGAUACUAUGCAAUGAUUCGCUGGUCAAGCGGCUGGAGGAGCUGGAGGGCACUGAAUUGAUGUACAAGGGUCUCGUAGAGCAUGCCCGCCGGAUGCUCAAGGCCUACUACGAUCUCCUGCAGACAUACAAGUCCUUUGGGGAUUGCUUCACCCAAAUAUCGGUCCAUGAACCGCAACAGCGGGCAUCGGAGGCAUUUCGCACAUUCGGCGAGUUCCAUCGCACCUUGGAGAAGGAUGGCUUGGGCAUCAUCAAACAGAUAAAGCCAGUGCUGGCCGAUCUGGGAACGUAUCUGAACAAAGCCAUUCCGGACACAAAGCUCACGGUACGUCGCUAUGCGGAUGCCAAGUUCACAUAUCUUUCGUACUGCCUGAAGGUCAAAGAGAUGGAUGAUGAGGAGCAUGGCUUUGCUGCCCUGCAGGAGCCACUUUAUCGCGUCGAAACGGGCAACUAUGAGUACCGCUUGAUCCUGAGAUGUCGCCAGGAUGCACGCAGCAAAUUUGCCAAACUCCGCACCGAUGUUCUCGAAAAAAUGGAGCUGCUGGAAUGCAAACAUGCCAUGGAUCUGAACAAGCAGCUGCGAAGCUUGCUAGAAAGUUUGGCCGAACUUCACAGGAGUUUGGUCGAUCGACUGGAAUCCCUACCACCGCUCUUUCCCAUUGAAGUGGACUUCAAGGAGACGGACUUUCAGUACAAGUCGAGCACUCUGAAGCCGCAAGAGCUGGACGAUGAUGAAAUCGAGGCCAACAAUCAUCCCCAUUCCACUCCUUCGCAAGUCGAUUGCGGUUUUGAGGCUGUGGAGCAGCCGGCGGCAAUUAUAAAUGUGGAGCCCAAGGCGUCCGAUGAAUCCUCCACCUUCCAAUCACACAGCGAGAACGAAACGCUACUCAAGGAACUGGGUCUGUACGACGUGGACCUGCUCUCCAAUCCGCAGACCAUUAGCAAUCAAAAGGACUCCAUUGCUGCCCAGAAUGAUGGCUACGAUUUCGACUUGUUUUUAAACCAGGCAACUGCAGCCACCACCAGUUUGGAGCGCGAUCUGAUGUCCUCGAAUGCAGAGGAGAUGGAUCUACUUCUGCAAUAAGCUCCUUAGUACAAAUAUUAAGAGUUGCGUUAGAUAAAUAUUAAAUGUUUCAGUAUUUGGUGAAGAUAUACAAAAAUAUGAGUAGUCUUUGAAUUCAUUAGGAUAAAAGUUGCUAACCACUUUUAUGUAUAUUCUCGA